UUGUUGUUUGUGAGUUCAGGAGGAAGUGUUGUUGUUGUUGUUGUGGUGGUGGUGGUUGCAUCUGUAUUUCCGGCAACAGCUUCUUGGUUACUUGGUGCCUCACCACCUGCAGGGUCAGCAUUACUUACAUCGUUUGCAGUAUUUGAACCCACAGUAUUCUCCACAGAUGAAGUGCUAGAAGGAGUAUUACCUGUAUUCUGGGGUGUGGGAGCUGAAGGUUCUUCUGAUUGCGAACCACCAGCAGUUUCUUCUCUUGAUGGUGUAGUACUGCUUACAUUAGUUUGGGAAACAGAUGUAUCGGCUUUUUUGCUAUCUCCAGCGGGAGGACGCUGUUCUACGUUGGCAGUAUUCCUUAAGUGUUCAUCUUGU